GCAGCCGGGGGCUGGUCGGUCCCGUCGCUCUGUCCCUUGGCGUCAUGGCGGCCGCCGCGGAGGAGCCGUUCCCCUUCCACGGGCUCUUGCCCAAGAAAGAGACCGGCGCCGCCUCCUUCCUGGGCCGCUACCCGGAGUACGACGGGCGCGGGGUGCUGCUGGCCGUGCUGGACACCGGCGUGGAUCCCGGCGCGCCCGGCAUGCAGAUUACCACGGACGGGAAACCCAAAAUAAUUGACAUAAUUGAUACAACAGGUAGUGGUGAUGUAAACACUUCCACCAUAGUAGAACCCAAAGAUGGAGAAAUUGUAGGUCUUUCUGGAAGAACUCUGAAGAUUCCAACAAAUUGGGUAAAUCCUUCAGGCAAAUAUCACAUUGGUAUAAAAAAUGCCUAUGAUUUCUAUCCAAAAGCUCUUAAGGAGAGGAUUCAGAAAGAACGCAAGGAAAAACAAUGGGAUCCUGUUCACAGGCUUCUACUAGCAGAAGCUUGUAGGAAACUAGAUGAGUUUGAUGCAGUUCAUAACUCUCCCUCGCAAACAACUAAACUAAUGAAGGAAGAAUUUCAGAGUCAAGUAGAACUGUUGAAUUCUUUGGAAAAAAAAUACAAUGAUCCUGGCCCUGUAUAUGAUUGCUUAGUAUGGCAUGAUGGUGAGACCUGGAGAGCCUGUAUUGAUUCAAGUGAAUGCGGUGACUUCACUAAGUGCACUGUGUUGGGAACCUACAGAGAGAGACAAGAAUAUGGAUCUUUUGGCACCUCAGAAAUGUUGAAUUACUCUGUGAACAUUUAUGAUGAGGGGAACCUGCUUUCUAUUGUGACCAGUGGAGGAGCACAUGGGACACACGUAGCUAGUAUUGCUGCUGGAUAUUUUCCGGAAGAGCCAGAACGAAAUGGUGUGGCUCCUGGAGCUCAGAUUCUUGCAAUCAAGAUUGGUGAUACAAGACUAAGCACAAUGGAAACUGGCACUGGCCUAAUAAGAGCUAUGAUAGAAGCAAUGAAAUACAAGUGUGAUCUUGUCAACUACAGCUAUGGAGAAGCAACACACUGGCCAAAUUCUGGGAGAAUUUGUGAAGUAAUUAAUGAAGCUGUAUGGAAACACAACGUAAUCUAUGUUUCAAGUGCAGGGAAUAAUGGUCCUUGCCUUUCUACAGUGGGAUGUCCAGGUGGAACUACAUCUAGUGUAAUAGGUGUUGGUGCAUAUGUAUCACCUGAUAUGAUGGUUGCCGAAUAUUCUUUGAGAGAGAAACUACCAGCGAAUCAGUAUACUUGGUCAUCGAGAGGUCCUAGUACCGAUGGAGCCCUUGGAGUGAGUAUCAGUGCGCCAGGAGGAGCUAUUGCUUCUGUUCCUAACUGGACUUUACGAGGAACGCAGCUCAUGAAUGGCACAUCUAUGUCUUCACCUAAUGCAUGUGGAGGCAUUGCUUUAGUCCUGUCAGGACUCAAAGCUAAUGAUGUUCAUUACACUGUUCAUUCUGUCAGAAGAGCUUUAGAAAAUACUGCAGUGACUGAAACUAUUGAAGUGUUUGCACAAGGACAUGGUAUUAUUCAGGUACUUAACAGUGAUAAAGCCUAUGACUACCUCAUUCAAAAUUCAUCAUUCAAAAGUAACGUAGGUUUUACUGUAUACCGUGGAAACAACCGUGGAAUCUUCAGAGAUCCUGUCCAGAUAGCUGCACCUUCUGACCGAGGGGUUGGCAUAGAACCUGUUUUUCCUGAGAAUACAGAAAAAACACCAAAAGAAUCUCUUCAGCUUCAUUUAGCUUUAACUUCAAACGCAGCGUGGGUUCAGUGUCCCAGUCAUUUAGAGCUCAUGAACCAGUGUCGGCAUAUAAAUGUACGUGUGGACACGUGGUCUGAGAGAGGACUACAUUACACAGAGGUGUGUGGUUAUGAUAUAGCAGCGCCUAAUGCAGGCCCUUUGUUCAGAGUUCCAAUAACUCUUAUUAUACCAGCAAGAAUAGAUGAAUCUUCACACUAUGAUCUUUCAUAUACUGAUGUGCAUUUUAAGCCUGGUCAAAUCCGAAGACACUUCAUUGAAGUUCCUCAAGGAGCUACAUGGGCUGAAGUUACAGUAUGUUCUUGCUCAACUGAUGUGACUGCCAAGUUUGUUCUUCAUGCGGUUCAACUAGUGAAACAAAAAGCAUACAGAAGCCAUGAGUUCUAUAAAUUCUCAUCCUUACCAGAAAAAGGAUCAGUUACUGAAGCGUUUCCUGUCUUAGGUGGAAAAACCAUUGAAUUUUGUAUUGCUCGUUGGUGGGCAAGCCUUAAUGAUGUCAGCAUUGACUACACAAUUUCCUUCCAUGGCAUAGUUUGUGCUACUCCUCAGUUAAACAUACAUGCUUCAGAAGGCAUUGUCCGUUUUGAUGUUCAGUCCACACUGAAAUAUGAAGAUAUUGCUCCUUGCAUAAAUCUGAAAAGCUGGGUCCAAACGCUCAGACCAGUGAGCACUAAAAUAAAACCUUUAGGAUCCAGAGAUGUUUUGCCAAAUAAUCGGCAACUAUAUGAGAUGAUUUUGACGUACAGCUUUCAUCAACCUAAGAGUGGGGAAGUGACUCCAAGCUGUCCACUGCUUUGUGAAUUGUUGUAUGAAUCUGAAUUUGACAGCCAGCUGUGGAUUAUAUUUGACCAGAACAAAAGACAAAUGGGGUCAGGUGACGCUUAUCCACACCAGUAUUCCCUGAAACUGGAGAAAGGAGAUUACACUAUUCGGUUACAAAUCCGUCAUGAACAGACAGCGAACUGGAUCGCAUCAAAGACCUUCCAUUGUUGUGUUUCUCACAGGUUGUCUAAUACUUUGAGCUUAGAUAUUUAUGAAAACCAUAGCCUUGCUCUCUUAGGAAAGAAGAAAUCCAACAGUUUGACAUUGCCACCAAAACACAGUCAUCCGUUCUUUGUUACAUCUCUGCCUGAUGACAAAAUACCUAAAGGAGCAGGGCCAGGAUGUUAUCUUGUAGGAGCUCUGACAUUGUCUAAGAACAAGCUUGGAAAGAAAGCUGAUGUAAUUACUGUUCAUUACCAUCUGAUACCAUCACCAACAAAGACUAAGAAUGGCAGCAAGGAGAAAGAAAGGGAACCAGAAAAAGAAAAAGAUGUAAAGGAGGAAUUUGCUGAAGCUUUGAGAGACCUGAAGAUACAAUGGAUGACUAAGCUGGAUACCAGUGACGUGUUUAAUGAAUUGAAAGAAGCCUUUCCUAAUCAUCUUCCCUUAUAUGUUGCAAGACUCCAUCAGCUGGAUUCUGAAAAGGAACGACUGAAAAGGCUCGAUGAAAUUAUUGAAGCUGCAAAUACUGUUAUCUCGCAUAUUGAUCAAACUGCGUUAGCAGUUUAUUUUGUCAUGAAGACUGAUCCCAGGCCUGAUGCAGCUACUAUAAAAAAUGAUAUGGAAAAACAGAAGUCUACCUUAGUGGAUGCCCUUUGUCGGAAAGGAAGCGCACUAGCAGACCAACUUCUCCAUCUGCAGGCCCAAGAUGGGGCUGUUUCAAGUGAUGCUGAAGGUAAAGAUGACGAUCAAGAGAGCUGCAUAGGUGUUCUGUCAGAGACUUUCUGCGAAACAACAAAAUGGACUGAUCUUUUUGACACUAAGGUUUUAACGUUUGCCUAUAAGCAUGCGUUGGCAAAUAAAAUGUAUGGAAGAGGUCUCAAAUUCGCCACAAAACUUGCAGAAGAGAAGCCAACCAAGGAAAACUUGAAAAAUUGUAUACAGUUAAUGAAGUUACUUGGAUGGACCCAUUGUGCAUCUUUCUCUGAAAACUGGCUUCCUGUCAUGUAUCCACCUGAUUAUUGUGUGUUUUGAAAUACCAACAGUUAUAAACAUACAGAGAUGGUUUUAUACUGACAGGAUAGGAAAGAUAAGUUUUACCUUUUAAUUAGAAUGCUUGUCUUCAUCAAAUACUGAAUGCUGAUUAUUAAAUUGUGUAUAUUUAUCAGAAAGGCACCCUGGUGUGGCUUAAUACCUGUUAACCUGACUCCUGACAUCAGGGAGCUUACUUCGUGUGCAUCCCAUUGCUGGCAAUGGUUGUGCCAGAAUUGCCAGCACCAAGGAUUUGGAAUUGGGUUGGAAAAGAUUUCUUGCAUGCAUGUUAGGUUCUUAACUGUUCAUUUUAACUGAAAACCUGUAAAAACUCUGUAUUUUUUACAAUGAACAGGGUUUUAACUUGUUUAAUCUUAAUUUCUUUUUUCAAUUGUAUGAAGGCCUUAAAGCUACAUCAUAGUAGCUAAAAUUUUAUUUAUUAGACUAUAAAGUAAUGGAACUCCAUUACCUGUACCGUUUGCAAGAGUUUACAUUAUAAUUUUUUUAAACAACCACCUUUCAAAUGGUCUCUGUGUGUAUCUCAGAAUUGCUGAUACAUAGGUGCUCUUGUAAAUCUUCGUCUUUGAGAUAUUUCAGGCAAACUUUCAAAAAUCCAUGUGAAGUUGAGUAUCAGGUUGGACUGAUACAUGUAUAAAAGGCCAGACGGUUAAUCAGGUUAUUGUAAAGCUAUACUACAAAUGUUAAUAAUGUUAAAAAUGUACAACACAGAGUAAUGUGGCAAAUUGAAGAUGAUAAACCACCAUGUGCAACUCUGAUACUUUAAAGGAUUUUUAAUUAAUAAAAACAAAUAAUAAAGCUGAAAACUGUUGUUUUUUUUAAGAGUACAUAAACAUAAUGUGUUAAAGCAGACAGCUUUAGGAAUAAUAUAGAAAUGCAAUGUAAACAGGAUAUAAAUGUACAGUAACUCCUCACCUGAAAGUAUUCCCGAUUAACGUUGUUUCGUUGUUGAUCAGUUUAGGGAACAUGCUCGUUUAAAGUUACACAGUGCUCCUUUAUAACAUAGUUGUCAGCUGCCUGUUUUGUCCACUGCUUGCGAGAAAGAGCAGACCAUUGACCUAGCUGUGUGGGGGCUUG